UUGACAGGUUUUGGUUAUCCACGUCUAUUCUGAAAAUCCUUGUAAAACUAUUAGAAGUCGCUAGUAUGAAUAAAUUUUGAAUAUGUCAUAUGCAAAUAGAAAAGAAAGAAUAUUUAAGGAUGGAGAAAGAUGGGAUAUUCCUCAUUCGAGAUCAGAAAGUCGUAUGAAAAAGUAUUGGUCUGCUACGGAUAGGAGAGCUUGGUGCGAUGAAGUGGAAUUGAGAAGACAGCACAUAUUGGAAUUAAUUGCUAAAAAUAGAGGGCAAUUCUGCUUGGAAUCCCUUAUCCCUCUUGGUAUGAUCUUGAAUAUAAUGGCGGCAACCAGAGAUGCCGAAAAUGAGGAUUUGCAAAAAAGAAUAGAUUCCCUAGAAGCGCAGUUGGCCGUAUACAAGGACAUUGAUUUAACUGAGGAACAACAAAAAGAAGUUGAUGCACUUAUAAAGAAAUAUAACAUUAAACCACCUGAAGAUUAACUUAAAACAUUUUAAGUACCUACUUAUCAUAUUGUUCUGGAUUCAAGUUUUUAAAUAAAACAUUAUAUUACCACAA